AGUUUCUCCAUCUAUCUUCUCUGAUUGAAGGAUUUAAGUUGGCGAGACAUGUGAAUGUUGAAAAUUAUUCAAGUUGAACAUUAUCUGAAAGCAAUCAUAGAUGAUUUUUUUUCUUCCUUAAAUAUAGAAUGCAAAUGUUAUAGACCAUCCAAAGGACCAGUAGAAGAUUCAGCUCCAAGGAUAGGAGAGGAGAGGGAAAAUGAGCACAACAGAGAAGGUGGUUUGUGUAACCGGAGGGGCUGGUUACAUAGCAUCAUGGCUCAUCGACUUGCUGCUUCAUAGGGGCUAUACAGUCAAAGCGACCAUCCGCAACACCAAUGAUUCACGGAAGACACAACAUCUUCUGGCACUUGAAGGGGCCAAGGAGAGGCUGCAUUUGUUUAAAGCAGAUUUGCUAGAAGAAGGGUCCUUUGACUCGAUAGUCGAUGGGUGCGGAGCUGUUUUUCAUACAGCAUCACCUGUGGUUUUCUCAGCUUCGGAUCCCCAGGCUGAAAUAGUGGAUCCAGCAGUCAGAGGCACCUUAAACGUUCUCAAAUCAUGUGCAAAAGUCCCUUCUAUCAAGCGAGUGGUAGUGACCUCCUCCAUGGCUGCAGUAGUGCUCAGUGGAAAACCUCUGACCUCUGGUGUGGUGGUUGAUGAAACAUGGUUCUCGGAUCCGGUUUUCUGCGAGGAAUCAAAGCUUUGGUAUAUGCUCUCCAAAACCUUGGCGGAGAAGGCUGCUCGGGAAUUUGCUAAAGAGAAGAGGAUCGACCUGGUCGUGAUGAACCCAGGACAUGUGAUUGGCCCUCUUUUGCAGCCUACAGUCAAUCUCUCGGUGGAAUUGAUAUUGAACUUUCUCAACGGAACUGAAGAAUUUCCCAAUGCAUCCUACGGAUUUGUUGAUGUCCGAGACGUCGCACGAGCACAUAUUCAAGCUCUUCAAAACUCUUCAGCCAGCGGCAGAUAUUGCAUAGUUGGAGGAGUAAUGCACCGUCCUGACAUGUCAAAGAUCUUGCACCAUCUCUAUCCCACAUUGCGCCUCCUAGAAAAAUGUGAAGACGACAAGCCUGCUGUGGUGGCUCAUCGGAUAUCAAGGGAAAAAGUAGAAGGUUUGGGUGUGAAUUUCAUACCUUUGGAGGUUAGCAUAAAAGAAACUGUUGAAAGCCUCAAAGAGAAAGGUUUCCUCUCUUUUUGAGCUUUUUC